CGCCGGCAGAGGACCGGCGGGCUGCUGACACGCGCAGGAGGCCGAGGCCCUCAGAGGAGCGUCGCGGUCGCGGGUCGCCCAGCUGGUGCGUCCCUGCCCUCUCGAGGUUCCAGAGUCGGUGCAGCGCGGGUGGCCACGGCCAUGGCGCCCACGGCAAGGAAGAGCUUGGGGAGAGCUGCCAAGGCCCCGGUGGAGGCUCCGGACCUGUCCGUCUAUGACUUCGACUGCCCAGCAAGCAGUUCGGGAGUUGAUGACAGUUGGGAGGAGAGUUCUUUGACAGAAGGACACGAGCAAGAUGUGGGGGAGGAUGUACAAAAGAUGUUACAGGAAGUUGGAGCUGAUAUCACACAAGCUCUUCUUGCUAGAAGAAAACGGUUUGAAAUGAAUACAGAUGCUUCUCUCAAAAUCAUUAAUGAAAAUAUUGAGCAUAUUCGUAAAAUACAACAAGAGCAAAGGCAGAAUCUUCAUUACAAGUAUUCUCAGCAAUUUCUGCCUUUGUUUCAACAGUGGGACAUAGAUGUACAGAAAGCUGAGGAGCAAGAGGAAAAACUAGCUAAUAUGUUUCAAGAGCAAAGAAAGCUUUUUCUUCAAACUAGGAUUAUUCAGCGUGAGAAAGUUAAAGAAAUUAAAAAUUUAUAUGAGCAAUUGCUAAAGAGUAUCAACAACCUGGAGGAGUAUCAUGAAAGCCUUUUUAUUGGUGAACAAAGUAAAGUGAAAAAAGAAAUGGCUGAGUUGCAGGAAAAGAUUAUGAGGGAAACUCAACACCAAGAGGUUGCAGUCGUUGAAAAGUCCCUUCACUCCCUGUUAUACUGAUGGCUCUGAAGAAAAAAUUCAAACCAAAGUUAUGUGAUACAAAUAUAACAUUAGCUACAAUAAUAGACAUUUUAAUAUAAUUCAGUACAUGUUUGCCAUUUUGUUAAACAGAAGACUAUCUCUUUGUUAACUACCAAUUGAACCCUAAACAGUUUUGUAUGUAGCAGCAAUUACUAAGUUGUACAUAUCAAACUUCCAACCCUUUGGAACUAAUGGAGACUUUUUCUCUAACACUUGCAAGUACAUUGUAAUAAAGAUUAUUCAAUUCUGUG